CCCAAUUCUGUGGAUACGAACACUCGCAUUUCUUGGUGCCGCGCGCAACAGAACAGCUGUCCUCAGAUCUGCGGUGGAAGGACGGCAGCCAACACUUGCAAUCAGGUAAGAAUUAAGAUAUGAAUCAUCCCUGAGUUCAUCCUCUCAUCCACUCCACCGCAAUCCAUGCGCUGUGCUUUCCCUACACCAAGUCACCAAACAACAUAAUCCCUCCACCUAGUCACAACAAGCACUUCCCAACCGAGCUCGCUUCUACAACCACCGCUAACCCCCCCCAGAAACUCCUUGAGUGGGAAUGCGAAUGCUUCGGCGGCAGCACCCCCAACAUUUCCGACUAUUCCCAAACCCUCCCCGGUCUCAUGUGCGAAGAAUGGAAGGCGCAAUGCGUCAAGUCCAACCCCGACAACCUCCCCGGCCAAAACAUCUGCCUCUCCGUCACCUGUGGCCAGAAGAACGCCUCCGCCCUCGCCUCUCCCCUGCCCUCCAAAGGCGUGAGCUCUACCGCCUCCUCGACCGCCUCCUCAACCUCGCCUACUGGUAGCACGGGCGGCUCGUCCCGCGGAAGCGAGGUUUCCUCACCGGCUGGAGGCGCAUCGGCUGCUCCGAGCAGCGCUGCGGCAGUGGCGUUGGACGUCGGGAGGCAAUAUGGAACCGGCGCGGUUCUGGGACUUGUCGCUCUCGCCUUUGGGUUUGCGUUCUAAGCGGUUUGGAUAUCGACUGUGCUUCGCGCGGAUGUUACAGCAGAUCGACGGUCAAAAAAGUUACUAAAGGCUUGGACUCCUUGGGCCGAUGGCAGGAUCAAUGUUGACGACUGGAUGAGAUGACAUGGGUCAAAUUUCAGUGGAUGAACUCUCCAACCACGGGUGUGGCGACGAGGUCGACGAG